CGCCUCCCCCCCUCCGCCGCCGUUGCCAGUUCCCCGCCGCCCGUGUUCCCUCUGCCGCCUGGAUGUGCCUGCCCAGCACCCUAGCAUGGUGUCUGGCCCGUGACGCUGUUCCUUCCCCCCCGUGGUUGAGAGGGGAAACGCUGCGCGCCCGUUUCGCGAUCCGCCCUUUCCUCCCCCCUGCCCGGCGGCCGCCUUUCGGACUAUGUGCGCCCCGCACGCACUCGGAGCCGUGUUCCCCCCCCCGGUUGAGAGAGACCCCUGCCUGCCCGUUUCCCCCUUCUCCCUGCCGACGCACUUCGUGUGCGCGUGCUCGAGGUCCGCCUGUGUGUGGGAGGAGUCCCGUAUUACUCCUCCCCCGUUCGCGCGUGCGCUGGCUCCUUCCAUGCCGCCCUCCCCCUCCCCAUAGUAGAUAGUACCGUUAUUGCGGGCAACAAGUUCAAGAUGUCCCUUGGUCUGCCCGUCGGCGCUGUCAUCAACUGCGCUGACAACUCCGGUGCCAAGAACCUUUACAUGAUCGCCGCCGUCCGCAACCAGGGCCGCCUGAACCGCCUGCCCUCUGCCUCCCCCGGCGACAUGAUCAUCGCCACCGUCAAGAAGGGUAAGCCCGAUCUGCGCAAGCGCGUCCACCCCGCCGUCAUCGUCCGUCAGCGCAAGGCCUGGCGCCGUCGCGAUGGCACCUUCCUCUACUUCGAGGAUAACGCCGGUGUCAUUGUCAACCCCAAGGGUGAGCUCAAGGGUUCCGCCAUCACUGGCCCCGUCGCCAAGGAGUCCUCCGACCUGUGGCCCCGUGUCGCCGCUGCCUCCGGCACCGUCGUCUAAGGGACUUGUCCCCUUUCCCCCCUGUCCGUCCUCUCCUGCCGCCGCCGCCGCCCCCGGUGCGGUAUGGGUGGCCGGGUGACACACACGCGCACAUACACAAUACUACCUGUGUGUCUGUGA